AAAUAAGGAAAACCUCUGUUAUUUUGUCCCCUUCUCUCCCUGUAUCUCUAUCAUCUCAUUGUCUCUGCUUUAAGAUUUGAACAACAGAAGGGGAAUUCGGAGUGUAACAGAGGUCAAAAGAUGAGCGUCAUUGAUUUACUAACUCGUGUCGAUGCGAUCUGCAAGAAGUACGACAAAUACGAUGUCUCGCAGAAGGAUUCCGCCAUCUCCGGCGAGGACGCCUUCGCCCGCCUCUACGCCGCUGUAGAGUCUGACAUCGAGGAAGCCCUCCAGAAAGCGGAGACAGCUGCCAAUGAGAAGAGUAGGGCAUCGGCUGUAGCGAUCAACGCCGAGCUUCGAAGGACCAAGGCCAGGUUGCUUGAAGAAGUCCCAAAAUUGCAGCGAUUAGCUGUUAAGAAGGUUAAAGGACUUUCAACAGAAGAACUCACUGCCCGUAACGAUCUGGUCCAUGUCUUGCCUGAUAGGAUCCAAGCCAUACCGGAUGGGUCUGCAGCACCACCCAAAUCAUCUGGGGGUUGGGGAACAUCAGCUUCAGCUCCUCGUACAGAAAUAAAAUUUGAUUCAGAUGGAAAGUUCGACAAUGAAUACUUUCAGAAUACAGAAGAAUCAAGUCAAUUCAGGCAAGAGUAUGAGAUGCGGAAAAUGAAUCAGGACCAAGGUUUGGAUGUCAUAGCAGAAGGUUUGGGUACACUGAAAAACAUGGCCCAAGAUAUGAAUGAGGAAUUGGAUAGGCAGGUUCCUCUGAUGGAUGAGAUUGACACAAAGGUGGACAAGGCAACAUCUGAUCUGAAAAAUACCAAUGUCAGAUUGAAGCACACUGUUAAUCAGCUAAGGUCUAGUCGAAACUUCUGCAUCGACAUCAUUUUGCUGUGUAUAAUCCUUGGAAUAGCAGCCUAUCUGUACAAUGUCUUGAAGAAAUGAAGGUUCUGCUGCUAUGUGUGCUUUGCUUCAAUGAAAGUGCUGAUGCUGUGUUACUGAUAGGCACACGUGUGUCACAGUGUGUGUUUUUCUUUAUUUGUUUCAUGUUUUGCGGAAGAGAGAAAUGGUUACUGGUGUUCUAUAUACCUAUUUGUAUAAUUAAUUCUUGAUCUAAGUCAAUCAUUCAGAUUUGUAUUUCUCCA